GUCGGUUGCCUGGUAUUAGCAAAGCGGGAAGUAUGGCGACAGCGGCGCGGAGCGACGCGGCUUUACCACCAGGAGAAGGUGCAGUGGUUGAUUGGUCAGGCCAAGGAUUACAGAAAUUGGGUCCAAAUUUGUCCUGUGAUGCUGAUACACAUACUUUGAUUCUUGAUAAAAAUCAGAUUAUUAAAUUGGAAAAUCUUGAGAAGUGCCGAAGACUAAUACAGUUGUCAGUUGCCAAUAAUCGACUGGUUCGGAUGAUGGGUGUGGCCAAACUGACUCAGCUCAGGGUGCUUAACCUGCCUCAUAAUAGUAUUGGCUAUGUGGAGGGGCUGAAGGAGCUAGUACAAUUGGAAUGGCUGAAUUUGGCGGGAAAUAAUCUGAAGGCCAUAGACCAGAUCAGUAACUGCACAGCUCUACAGCACCUUGAUUUAUCAGACAAUAACAUAUCUCAAAUAGGUGAUAUUUCUAAACUGAUAGCUCUGAAGACUCUCCUGCUACAUGGAAAUAUCAUCACCUCUCUUAGAAUGGCUCCAGCUUGUCUACCUCGAAGUCUUGCUAUCCUUUCACUGGCAGAGAAUGAAAUACGAGACCUAAAUGAGAUUUCUUUCUUGGCAUCCCUUUCUGAGUUGGAACAGUUGUCAAUCAUGAACAAUCCCUGUGUGAUGGCCACACCUUCCAUUCCAGGCUUUGACUAUCGGCCGUACAUUGUCAGCUGGUGCUUAAACCUCAAAGUCCUAGAUGGAUAUGUGAUUUCUCAAAAGGAAAGUUUGAAGGCUGAAUGGCUUUACAGUCAAGGCAAGGGAAGGUCAUAUCGACCUGGUCAACACAUCCAGCUGGUCCAGUAUCUGGCAACUGUUUGUCCUCUUACUUCUACUCUGGGCCUUCAAACUGCAGAGGAUGCCAAACUGGAGAAGAUACUGAGCAAGCAGAGGCUUCACCAGAGGCAGUUGAUGUGCCAAAACCAAAAUGAAGAAUCUUCAUCUUCAACUGCUAGUGAAACAGAGGUAGCCAUUGCACCUGAGCACUCAGAUCCAGCUCCAGGGGGCCAAAUAGUCCUGGAAAGUGAACCUGUCAUUCAAGUAAAUUCUUGGGUUGGGACAAGUGCCCAUGAGGAUCACUUAUAUGCUGUUAAGAGUAACCUGGCAGCCUCAGUACAGACUGCAAGGUUUUCUCGAAAUGACCUACAUUUAGAAGACAUACAGACAGAUGAAGACAAGCUGAACUGCAGUCUUCUUUCUUCAGAGUCUACUUUUAUGCCUGUUGCCUCAGGAUUAUCCCCAGUGUCUCCUACUAUUGAACUGAGAUUACAUGGUAUAAACUUGGAUCUGGAAGAUGAUGGUUCUGUGAUUGAGUCGCUGAAAGAAAUGAAAAAACAGGAUAUGGAUAAGGAAGUAGAAAAGACUUUGUGGAUUUUGAAAGAGAGUUCUGUUAAACCAGCAAAUGGUGAGGGAAACCCAGAGACUAGUGACAGAGAUGGAAUAUUGCUCUGCCCUGAGCUGGCCACAGCAGGUGAUGUCUCCAGAGAUGGUGUUAGUUACUCCCCCACAGCCUUUCCUGGGACAGGUGGAUUCAGGCUUUCUAGUGCACAGCUUGUUAAUGAAGGUGCAUUAUCUCAGAUCGUUUCAGAAAAAGUUCCCUGCAGGCUUCUCCCUGAGCGAUCUGUUGCUUUGGACAAAGAUUCCACCAUACUUCGAAAAAUGAAUGAUGCAGCUACCAAGCUCCAGGCCUGCUGGAGGGGAUUUUACAUCAGGAACUACCACCCUCGAGCCAAAGAAGUGCGCUAUGAAAUACGACUGAGGAGGAUGCAAGAGCACAUUGUUUGCUUAACAGAUGAAAUAAGGAGAUUGAAAAAAGAAAGAGAUGAAGAGCAUGUUCAAAAGCUUCUGCAAGAAGAGGCUGUCAAAUUCCUUUGGAACCAGGUAAGGUCACUACAAGAUUGGCAGCAGACAGUGAACCAGCACCUCAGUUCUGCCUGGCAGUCCAGCGCUCCUGUAUCCAGUACUCUACUGUCCUCCCAGUCUUCUCCAUUAUGUAUCUCCUGUCGGGAGCCCUCUUUAGCCAGUGCUUCUGACUGGUCUACUUCAGAUGCUGAAGCUCCCCAGGAGAAAGUCUUACCUGAAUUCCCAGACUCUGGCUUUCAUUCCUCCCUCGCAGAACAAGGUCAUCUGCAGUAUUCAUUUGAUUCUGAAAAGAGUUCCGUGGGAGGGAGUGAGAGUUCUUUAAUGGGGAAUUCCUUAGAAACGGUUAGAUAUUUCAAAGAUGCAGAUACAGGGGAUACCAGUGAAGAGCGCAGUGAAUGGAAUAAAGAUAGCUCUAAUAAUGAACAGGAUAAUAGUCUUCUUGAACAGUAUUUAACUUCAGUUCGGCAGCUAGAAGAUGCUGAUGAGAGGACCAGUCUUGAGGAUGGCAUAGAAGAGGGUAGCCUUCAAAUUACUUCGGUCCCACGUUCAUGUUCCUUGUCUGACUCAGCUGCUGCUGCUAAUAUAGCUGAUAACAAAGCUGCUCCUUUGCAAGAUGAAACCAGUCAGACACCAGACACUUGUAAAUCAAAUGCAGAAGUUCAAGGCCAUCAAUCAGAAUGCGACUCUGCAUUUCAGGUGCUGCCUGUUGGUAUUGCUGUGUAGUUGUAUCUGGUGCCAUGGAAAACUGAGGAAUUAUUUAAUUCUUUCUAAUUUUCACUUGUCUUUAUAUUUUCUUUCAGGUGUGUUUAAAAAAAAACUUCAUAAUUUAUAUAGAAUUUAUAUGCUUAUCUCUUGUUUUCCAGAUUUCAGAUGUCAUAUUGAGGCUUCAUUUUGAUAGCAUUUUGCUAAUCUUGUGUAUUCAAAUACUCAGCUGUAUGAUGCUGAAUAAUAUUUAUAUU